AUGGAUCCAUUUAGUGGAAAGAUUCCAAAAAAACUAAAUUUGUGUAACUUUAACAUAACAAUUGCCCCUACACCUGUGUACUUUGAUGACUCCACAAAAACGGGCGUUUAUGCUACUCUAACAACAACUAUUCAGACACAGCUUAACUUAAAAAUCAACAUUAUUAACGUCCAUGAUUACAUUGAGCGUUUAACGAAAUAUGACAGCUACGAUCUGUUUAUCUAUGAUAUGGUCACAUAUAAUAUAGAUGCUGGAUUUAAUGGAGCUCUGUAUUCAAGAAGAAUUCCAAAUUAUGAGUGUGAAUAUACUAGAACUCUUAGCAGAGACUAUGUGUACCUUAUAUCACCACCACGAAGAAUAAUUGAACCUAAUAUGAUCUUUGUAUUUCCAUACAAUGUAUAUCCCCCUCUUGGGGCUGUAUUUAUACUGUCGGUUGUAAUAUGGAAGAUACUGUUAAAAAUAAAACUAAAAGAUGCUAUUUUUUCAAUGUACAGAUUGUUUAUUAUGAUGGAAACAGAAAUGCGUAAUGUAGCUAGUCUGAAAUCAACGUUAUUUUUGGCAUUUCUAUUGUGGUUUGUAUACCACAUAUCUACUUUUCAUCAAACCAAAUUAAGCUCAGCAUUAACCAGUCCACAAUUGACACCAAAGAUUAAAAAUCUUAAUCAGUUUCUGAAAUCAAAUUAUAUUCUAAAAUGCGAUCCCUAUGUAAUAUACGCAUUAAAACCCAGGGGCGAAGAAAUAUUUCGAGAAAUUGAAAAACGGCAUUUGGUGAUAACUAACAUGAUGAAUGAAUUGGAACAGUUUCUAAAAGAUCCAACAUAUGGAUUUGCUGCUAUAACCAUCUAUUUAAGAUUAGUCAAAAAUUUAGAAUAUGCCGAAGUCAUGAUUGAUGAUCCGUUGGCUAUUACAGGUGCCAAUUUAGUCCUCAAGAAAAAUCAUCCUCUUUAUACAAGAAUAGAUCGAUUAAUUCAAAAUAUACUUGAGGCUGGUUUGAUGGAUAAAUGGAUCAACGAUUUUUCAGUGGAUAAUACGAAACUGGAAAUCAUGUUAUUUAAAGUGCUCCUAUUAUAUUCAUAUAUUAUAAUAUGUAAUUCAGGUUUUGUAUCUAAUAUAUUACCUGAAAAAACAGAAAUUUAUACACAAGUCUCUGAUUUUAUCAAAAAAUAUUUAAACAAGUACUGCAUAAGUGCGGUUGCAGAUUUACAUGCUGUUGACAGUUUUUUAGAUUACAUGGAAUCGCCAAAACGCAUAAUUACAAAUUUAACUAAUGAAAAUGAGUUAAUACAGUCAUUCGGAGAUUUCGUGUUUGUUCAGACCAGUAUUGAAUCUCUUGUAAAUACAUUGACAGCAUUUAAUAAGUCCAAAAACUGGCACAGUACAUCUAAAUUUGUAAUCUUGAUCAGAAACUUGACAGAAUCUGGUAUAAAAACUGUUUUUAGACAAUUGUGGAGAUUUUAUAUAUAUAAUGCAGUGGUGUCCACAGAUUUUAAAGUAUUUUUUACGUGGUUUCCCUAUUCAAAGAAGAAUAAUUGCGGGAAAAGUUAUAAUAUAAGAAAAGUAAAAACAGUAGAUCCAUUUAGCAGAAAGAUUCCAAACAAACUAAAUUUUUGUUACUUUAGUAUAACAAUUGCUGAAGCUCCGUCAUAUUUUAAUAAAACAACAAAAACAGGGGUUUAUGGUACUUUAGCAAAAACUAUACAAUCUCAACUUAAUUUAAACAUGAGCUUUAUUAAUGUUCACGAUUAUAUAGAUUAUCUUAUUAAGCAUGACUCAUACGAUCUACUUAUCUACGAUAUGGAGACUUACAAUAUAGAUGCUGGAUUACAUGGAGACCUUUACUCCAAGAAGAUUCCAAAUUAUCAGUGCGAAUAUACCAGAGCAAUGAAUAGAGGAUAUUUAUACCUUAUAGCUCCAUCACGACGAAUAAUCGAACCUAAUAUGGUUAUUGUAUUUCCAUACGACGUUUAUUUCCCUCUUGGAGUUGUAUUUAUACUAUCAGUGGUAAUAUGGAAGGUACUGGUAAACAUAAAACUAAAAGAUGCUAUAUUUUCAAUGUAUAGACUGUUUAUUAUGAUGGAAACAGAAAUGCAUAAUAUUGCUAAUCUAAAAUCAAUGAUAUUUCUAGCUUUUCUAUUAUGGUUUGUAUAUCACAUAUCUACUUUUCAUCAAACCAAAUUAAGCGCGGUAUUAACCAGCCCACAACUGACGCCAAAGAUUAAAAACCUUAACCAAUUUUUAAAAACAAAGUACCUUAUAAAAUGCCGGCAAUUCGUUAUAUCAAUAUUCAAACUAAGAGGGGAAGAGGUGGUUCAAGAAGUUUUAAAACGUCGUUUGGAUGUAACUAACUCGGUGAAAGACUUGGAACAGUUUUUAAGAGAUCCAACGUACGGAUUUGCUACCAUGGAUUUCUUUUUAGAUAUGGUGAAAAAUAUAAAAUAUGUCGAAGUUAUGACUGAUGAUCCGUUAGCUACUGGAACUAACCAUAUAUUACUUAAGAAGAACCAUCCGCUUUACACAAGAAUAGACCGUUUAAUGCAAAAUAUACUUGAGGCUGGGUUGAUGGAUAAAUGGCACUACGAUUCCUCGGUAGAGAGUACGAAAUUGGAAAUCAUGUUGUUUAAAGUGUUCUUCUUUUAUUCCAAUAUUCUAAUAUGUAAUUCAAGUUUUGCAUCCAAGAUAUUACCUGAAAAAACAGAAAUUUAUACACACCUCUCUGAUUUUAUCAAAAAAUAUUUAAACAAGUACUGUAUAAGUGCGGUUGCAGAUUUAAAUGCUGUUGACAGUUUUUUAGAUUACAUGGAAUCGCCAAAACGCAUAAUUACAAAUUUAACUAAUGAAAAUGAGUUAAUACAAUCAUUCGGAGAUUUCGUGUUUGUUCAGAAAAGUAUUGAAUCUCUUGUAAAUACAUUGACAGCAUUUAAUAAGUCCGAAAACUGGCACAGUACAUCUAAAUUUGUAAUUUUGAUCAGAAAUUUGACAGAAUCUGGUAUAAAAACGGUUUUUAAACAAUUAUGGAUGUUCAAUAUAUAUAACGCUGUGGUAUCUACAGAUUUUAAAGUAUUUUUCACGUGGUUUCCUUAUUCGAAGGAGAAUAAUUGUGGGAAAACCUAUAAUAUAAUUAAAAUAGAAACAGUAGAUCCGUUUAGUAAAAAAAUUCCAAAUAAACUAAAUUUUUGUAACUUUAGUAUAACAAUUGGCAACUCUCCCUCGCAUUUUAAUCAAACAACAAAAACGGGCGCUUAUGCUACUUUAGCAAAAACUAUACAGGCACAGCUUAAUUUAAACAUUAGCUUUAUUAAUGUCCACGACUAUAUAGAUUAUCUUAUUAAACAUGACUCAUACGAUCUAUUUAUCUAUGAUAUGGAGACGUAUAAUAUAGAUGCUGGAGUUCAUGGAAAUCUUUACUCCAGAAAGAUUCCAAAUUAUCAGUGUGAAUAUACCAGACCAAUGAAUAGAGGAUAUGUAUACCUCAUAGCUCCACCACGACGAAUAAUCGAACCUAAUAUGGUUAUUGUAUUUCCAUACGACGUAUAUUUCCCUCUUGGAGUUGUAUUUAUACUAUCAGUGGUAAUAUGGAAGGUACUGGUAAAAAUAAAUUUAAAAGAUGCUAUAUUUUCAAUGUAUAGAUUGUUUAUUAUGAUGCAAACAGAAAUGCUUAAUAUUGCUAAUCUAAAAUCAAUGAUAUUUCUGGCUUUUCUAUUAUGGUUUGUAUAUCACAUAUCAACAUUUCAUCAAACCAAAUUAAGCGCGGUAUUAACCAGCCCACAAUUGACGCCAAAGAUUAAAAAACUUAAUCAAUUUUUAAAAACAAAGUACCUUAUAAAAUGCCGGCAAUUCGUUAUAUCAAUAUUAAAACUUAGAGGGGAAGAGGUAGUUCAAGAAGUUCUAAAACGUCAUUUGAAUGUAACUAACUCGAUUAAAGACUUGGAACAGUUUUUAAGAGAUCCAACAUACGGAUUUGUUACCAUGUCAUUCUUUUUAAGAUUGGUGAAAAACGUAAAAUAUGCCGAAGUUAUGACUGACGAUCCGUUGGCCUCUGGAACUAACCAUAUAGUACUUAAGAAGAACCAUCCGCUCUACACUAGAAUAGACCGUUUACUUCAAAAUAUACUUGAGGCUGGGUUGAUGGAUAAAUGGCUCUACGACUCCUCGGUAGAGAAUUUAAAUAUAUUUUUCACGUGGUUUCCUUAUACGAACGAAAAUAAUUGUGGUAAAGAAUAUAAUUUAAUUAAAGUUGAAAGGGGAAAUCCGUUUAGCUGGAAGAUUCCAACUAAAUUAAAUUUGUGUAAUUUCGAUAUAACAAUAGGACCUGCUCCUGUAUAUUUUAAUCAAAUCACAAAAAAGGGCGUUUAUGCUGCUUUAGCUCGCACGAUCCAGUCACAGCUAAACUUAAAAAUGAACUUUAUUAAUGUUCAUGAUUACAUUGGCUAUCAAAUUAAACACGACAGCUAUGAUCUAUUUAUCUAUGACAUGGAGACGUAUAAUAUAGAUGCUGGAUUUCAAGGAAAUCUUUACUCCAAGAGAAUUCCAAAUUAUGAAUGUGAAUAUACCAGAUCGGUGAAUGUAGACUAUGUGUAUCUUAUAUCUCCAGCUCGAAAACUAAUCGAACCCAAUAUGCUGGUUGUAUUUCCAUACGACGUAUAUUUUCCCCUGGGAGCUGUAUUUAUAAUAUCAGUGGGAAUCUGGAAGAUAUUGCUCAAAAUAAAACUAAAGGACGCUAUAUUUUCAAUUUACAAAUUGUUUAUCAUGAUGGAGACAGAACUGGGUAAGGUUACGAGUCUAAAAUCAAUGGUAUUUCUGGCUUUUCUACUGUGGUUUGUAUACCACAUAUCUACUUUUCAUCAAACCAAAUUAAGCUCAAUCUUAACCAGCCCAGAACAGACACCGAAGAUUAAAACUCUUAAUCAAUUUCUAAAAUCAAGAUACCUUCUGCAGUGUCACGAAUACGUUUUAUCCGCAUUAAAACUUAGAGGCGAAGAGGUAUUUCGAGAAGUUAUACAACGUCGUUUGGUUAUAAAGAACACAAUGAAAGACUUAGAACAGUUUUUAAAAGAUCAAACAUACGGAUAUGUUAGUCUGACACUCUUCUUAAGAUUAGUGAAAAAUAUUAAAUAUGCCGAAAUCAUGACUGAUGAUCCGGAUAGUUGA